CUGGGAUUAAAGGCCUUCACCACUAACCACUGCCUGUCCUUUACCUUUUUUCCUUGUGUGUGUGUGUGUGUGUGUGUGUGUGCACGUGAUAUGGGGGUCUCACAAAUGCAGCCUAGGCUGACCUUAAAUUUGUCAUCCUCCUGCCUCUGCCUCCCAGAUUACACACUAUUAGCUCAACUAGGAAAGAGUUCUGUCUCCAAAUUCUUUGUCAGGUCUAUCCCCACCACUCAGGGCUUCAAAAUUCCCCUCGAAAGGUGGAGUUAGGGGCUUUUCCCUUUCUGGCUAUCCAAAGGUGUCAUGUUCUUGAAUAUGAGAAUGCCUACUAACCUUGAAGGGGAAGCCACCUUGCUCCUAGAAACAAGAUCUGGGGGUAGGCUCUUGGUCUUGGAGCAUGGGUGCCAGCAGAAGCAGGUAGGCAGAAGGGAGGAAAAGGCAGAUCAUAAAUGACUCCCAAGAAGAAAAGCAAGCAUUACUGUGGAUGAGGUCUCGGGUGGACACGAGAGGUCCCUAGAGAGAGAUCUCUAAGGAGGGAGAGUACAGGAGGGCCAAUUUCUUAAGCUAGGUGUCCAUAGCAAGGGAGAAGAGAGGCCUAAAACAAUUCUAGGAGUAGAGGGUAGCUUUGAGAACCAGCCUUUCUUUUUUUCUUUCAAAUCUCUUUCUGACCAUUUACAAGACAGGCAUCCAUAGGUAUGUCAAAGACAUCCAUCCAUCCACCUGUCUAUCCAUGGCCCAUCUAUCUGUUCAUCUGUAAGUCAUUCAUCUAUCUCUUCAUCCAUCCUCUGUCUGUCUAUCCAUCUUCCAUCCAACCACCCACCCAACUAUCCAUCCACCUGUCUAGAGAGGUCAGGGCUACUGGGAAGGGCCUGUGGUCCUGUGGCAUUUAUGGGGCAUGUGACUUGCCUGCUUGGCCCGGGGAGGCAGUCCCACCCCUGCCCUGGGGCAGGGGGCCGGUCCUGACAUGUGGGCGUAUUUAUACCUGGAUGGAGGCUCCCCUGAAGCUGAAAGCUGGAUGACUCCCCAAAGCCGGGAUGGUGUCCUCGGCCCAGAGCCCACUCUGGCUUUCUUCGAGGCCAGGACUGGGUGAUGGUGUCGCUACUCCCUCCGCACUCUGACGUCACACUUCCAGGCUCCACCCGACUGGAGGGCGAACCCCAAGGGGACCUCAUGCAGGCUCCGGGCCUCCCAGGCUCCCCUGCCCCACAGAACAAGCACGCCAACUUCAGCUGCUCAUCAUUUGUGCCUGAUGGCCCUCCAGAGAGGGCCCCCUCGCUGCCCCCCCACAGCCCAAGCGUCGCAUCUCCAGGCCCAGAGCAGAUCCAGAGCCACUGCACAGCUGGACCUGGCCCAGGCUCCUUCCGCCUUUCUCCCUCAGACAAGUAUCCUGGCUUUGGCUUUGAGGAGGGCCCAGCAGGCAGCCCAGGGCGCUUCCUCAGGGGCAACCACAUGCCUUUCCACCCUUACAAGGGGCACUUCCAUGAAGACAUCUUCUCUGAGGCCCAGACGGCCAUGGCGCUUGAUGGACACUCCUUUAAGACUCAGGGGGCACUGGAAGCCUUUGAGGAGAUCCCUGUGGAUGUGGGGGAUGCUGAGGCCUUUCUGCCUAGCUUCCCAGCAGAGGCUUGGUGCAAUGGACUCCCUUACCCCAGCCAGGAACACAACCAAGUUCUGCAGGGGUCAGAGGUCAAGGUCAAGCCCCAAGCUUUGGACAAUGGUCCUGGGAUGUACUGCUACCAGCCUCCCUUGCAGCAUGUGUACUGUUCUUCUCAGCCCACCUUUCAUCAGUACUCCCCGGGUGGAGGCAGCUACCCUGUGCCCUACCUGGGCUCCACUCACUACCCCUAUCAGAGGAUUGCGCCCCAGGCCAACGCAGACGGUCACCAGCCACUCUUCCCAAAGCCCAUCUACUCCUACAGCAUCCUCAUCUUCAUGGCCCUUAAGAACAGCAAGACCGGAAGCCUUCCAGUCAGUGAAAUCUACAAUUUCAUGACGGAGCACUUCCCUUAUUUCAAGACUGCGCCUGAUGGCUGGAAGAAUUCUGUUCGCCAUAACCUGUCUCUCAACAAGUGCUUUGAGAAGGUAGAGAAUAAAUCCGGAAGUUCCUCCCGAAAGGGCUGUCUGUGGGCCCUCAAUCCUUCCAAAAUCGACAAGAUGCAGGAAGAGCUGCAGAAGUGGAAGAGGAAAGACCCCAUUGCUGUGCGCAAAAGCAUGGCCAAACCAGAAGAGCUGGACAGCCUCAUCGGAGACAAAAGGGAGAAACUGGGUUCUCCUCUGCUAGGAUGUCCACCACCUGGGCUGGCAGGCCCAGGUCCCAUCCGGCCCCUGGCACCUUCAGCUGGUCUUACCCAGCCUCUACACCCAAUGCAUCCAGCUCCAGGUCCCAUGCCUGGCAAGAACCCCCUGCAGGACCUACUGGGUGGCCAUGCACCCUCCUGCUACGGGCAGACCUACCCACACCUUUCUCCCAGCCUGGCCCCUUCUGGACACCAGCAGCCAUUGUUUUCACAGCCAGAUGGGCAUCUUGAUCUGCAGGCCCAGCCAGGCACCCCCCAGGACUCACCUCUACCUGCCCACACACCACCCAGCCACGGUGCCAAGCUGCUGGCUGAGCCUUCCUCAGCCAGGACCAUGCACGAUACUCUGCUACCAGACGGAGACCUUGGCACUGACCUGGACGCCAUCAACCCCUCUCUCACUGACUUCGACUUCCAGGGAAAUCUGUGGGAGCAGCUGAAGGAUGACAGCUUGGCCCUGGACCCCCUCGUACUGGUGACCUCAUCCCCAACGUCAUCCUCCAUGUUGCCCCCUCCACCAGCGGCCCAUUGCUUCCCUCCAGGGCCUUGUCUGGCAGAAACAGGCAAUGAGGCAGGUGAACUGGCACCUCCAGGCAGCGGUGGCUCCGGUGCUCUGGGAGACAUGCACCUCAGCACCCUCUACUCGGCCUUUGUGGAACUGGAACCCACGCCCUCCUCAGCAGCUGCCAGCACUGCCGUGUACCUCAGUCCCGGCUCGAAGCCAAUGGCUCUGGCUUGAGCUGUGCCCAACAUCAGCUCAGUGCCUAGCUGGCUGCCCAUAUAGGGCUCACCUUAAAGGUCAAAGAAGGAAAACACUACUUGUCUCCUAUGUCACUCAGCCAACUUAUUUGUUAGCCAGAAGCUAGGGGAUCCACCUAGGAUGCUACCGGGUGACGCGCUCCACACGCGGGCUCCAGCAAGGAAAGUGUCGGAAAAGUGACAGCGCGCCCCCUAGUGCCAGGUCACUCGAACUUCAGCUCUCGAGUGUCACUCAAGCUCAACCCACCUGCUCAUUUGAUUUCUGGGGCAGCUGAGCGCUAAAAGCUUUAGUUAGCAAAGCUCAGGGCCAGUGUGACAGGUCAAAGAUCAACCCCCCCAAACCUCAUCAUAAUCCCCAUUUGCUCUACAGGUGUGACCCACUUCAGUCAUAUUCUCUCCCAGAAAUCUCUAUUUAUUCUCCUAUCUUACACCCUUAUAGCCUACAGGGUCUCCUCCCACGUGACCUGUGAACCCCUUAGGGAGACAGCUACUUCAUAGGACUUAUCUAUUCAUCCUGAGUAUAUACUCUGGCUGGCCACCUCCAGGGUGACACACAGAAGGGGGCAGCAUCUACCCUGGGACCAAACUGAGCCCAAAUCCAACACAAAGUGUUUGGAAAGAACUCUUGUCCUCAGAAACUUGAACUUGUCCCCCUCUCUUAGUCUCAGCCACAGGAAAGGCCCCUUCCAAGUGGCCAAGUCUCAUUCCUUCUCAAAGAGUGGUUUCCUACACUUCAGACCCCAGCUUACGAGAUGCUGUCAACUGUUUCAAGCAUCCUGGGUAACUAGAGUUUGUAGCCCGCCACAGGAUGUGGUGUGUGUGAUUCACACACACACACACACACACACACACACACACACACACACACACACACACACACACCUGCAUAGCAGACUUGGGACUCCCAGGGAGCCGGCAGAGCUGUGAUUCAAAUGCCCACCAUGACCCACCAAGUGGGAUUCUCAGCCUUCCCUGGGCCUGAGGGCAAUAAGUACCUCCAUAGGUUGUCCCCAAGCUCACACAAGGGUGGACGGAUCCCUCAGUCGUCACCUAUCAUCAUCCCCUGCCUGGAACAAUAAAGUAAGUGCCUGAUGGUUGCAA